GGGAGGGGAAGCGCGUGUUGACUCGUGCCCUCCGCUGCGUCUGGCGCCACCCGUGGCCGCGCGCCGCGUGGCGUCUGAUUGGCGCCCGGGGAGGAAGAGGAGGCGGCAGAGUGUGAAGAUGAUUGGCGGCCCGCCAGGAAGGGAUGUCACACGCACACACACACGCAUUUCCACGCACACACGCCAGCGAGAGGCCUCUGCUCCACUGUCAUUGGUCGCAGCCUUUAUUCGGCAAAGGUCGCAGGUCGCUGUUGGCCUGUUGAGUUGGGUGGUCCGGAGACCUUUCACCCCCUUCACAAAACAAAUGAAUUUGGAACAAUAGGUGCGUGGCACACCGCCCUCUAGUGGACCAUAGUAGAAGGUUCAACUUCGAGCGGCAUAAACGACGACUCCUUUAUGUUGAGUAGACAACAAAGAAGGGAAGAGAAUAGUUUUGACAUGUAAUACAGUUCAUACAUAAAUAAAGCUUGUAAAUCGGAACACAGGAAUUGAAAAUCUUUAAAUCACACUGUUGUUCCGUAUAUCGUAACAUGCGUUGGUGGUAUAGUGGUGAGCAUAGCUGCCUUCCAAGCAGUUGACCCGGGUUCGAUUCCCGGCCAACGCAGAUGAUCGUUUUGAUUUUGUAUUUUCAAUAUAAGUGAUCUUUCCAUUCCUUCUUGUCUCCAAAAGCCAAGACAACAACUACUCACAAAAAUAAUGUUCCAAAACUAUUUUUUAUUUUUCUCCCGAUCUGAGUACAAUAUCCAUUCGUCUUCGAAAUAAAAUGAAGAUACUCCUUUAUUGGGGGCCACGUACGCGUGUGCACACGGCACAGUCUGGUUGUGGGACCCACUAGCUGCAUACGUGUCCAGGUAGCCGUUUGGAGUAUCGGUCUUGCUCGACAUUGCAGCCUGUUUCCGGGUGGAUGGUCUUGAACGACCAAACACCCCGCCCCCGGUGGCGGGGGCAAACGAUAUAACUACUUGGCCACGGCUCCCAAAGAAGCGGGGAAAUAGCGACCCUUAUCUUCAGCGCUACUUCAGCGGUCACUAUAUAUACUGCACCGUACCGCCUCACACACAUUUAAGCUUGUCAAAGCUGCCAGUGUGUGCGCGUGUGUUUGUGUGCUGACUCAUCUAAAUGAGCAUAGGUCAUUCUUCUCUUCUUCACUUUUUCUACACAUCCUUUCUGCUUCCCUGUUGUCCACUGGUGUUAUUCCAAGUGCAAAGUUUGUUCAGUUGAAGACAAAAGUUGCACCUUUCCAAAUGUUUAUGCCAAUGUUAGCUACGCGCGCGCGUGAGCGUGAGUCGCGCCCGAUCAUCCGUCCGCUAAUCGCUUUAUCUGCAACUGAACGCUUCUGCUGGGUCGGGGGAAAGUUUUUCUUUCUUCUGGUGGAUUUCAAGGUUGUUUUGGGGGUCGCGCAGUUGUGUUUCCAUGGCAAUGGCUUGGAAGUAGACGGCGUAACCCCGGGGCAAGUGAAUAUUACCUGACAGAAGGGAAGAGAGCACCCCAUGGCCCAGGUUACGCCGGUUGACGCAGCCGCCGCACUUCUGGACGAUAUGGAUGACCGCAGGUGUGCAGGAUGUCUCUUCAAUGUCAACAACAGCAACAACAAAGACAAGGAAGAGAAGAAGAAGAAAAAGAAGAAGAAGGAGAAGAAAGACAAGAAAAUCAAGGAAGGGAGGAAGAAAGCGAAGGAGGAUGAAGGGGAGGAAAAGAAGAAAGCCAAGGAAGAGGAGAAGAAGGAGGCAGUUCCAAAAGAGAUCACAGUGGUGGAUCCGGCGGGGAACACAUAUUACCACUGGCUCCUCAUCAUCACGCUUCCCGUCAUGUACAACUGGACCUUCAUCAUCGCAAGGGCGUGCUUUGAGGAGCUUCAAAUGGACUACCUGCGCUUCUGGUUCUUCUUGGACUUUCUCUGCGACUUGCUAUAUGUGGCCGACAUGGUCUUCAGAACCAGGACAGGCUACCUGGAGCAAGGUCUUCUGGUGAAGGACGAGCAGAAGCUGCGGCAGCGUUACAUGACGAGUUUACAGUUCCGACUGGAUUUGCUCUCCAUGGUCCCCACCGACGUUCUGUACGCCACAUUGGGCCUCAACUACCCCGAGAUCCGCCUCAACAAGCUGCUGAGGUUCAACAGGAUGCUGGAGUUCUUCCAGAGAACCGAGACCAGAACCAACUACCCCAACGCGUUGCGGAUCUCCAACUUGGUCAUGUACAUCGUCAUCAUCAUCCACUGGAACGCUUGCCUCUACUAUUCUUUCUCCAAAGCCAUUGGUUUUGGCUCGGACAGAUUCGUGUACCCUGACCCGGCAAAUCCGGAAUUCGGGCGCCUGGUGAGGAAGUACGCCUAUAGUAUGUACUGGUCCACGCUGACGCUUACUACCAUUGGAGAGACUCCGCCCCCCGUGGAGAACUCUGAGUACUUCUUUGUGGUCACCGAUUUCCUGGUGGGCGUGUUGAUUUUUGCCACCAUCGUGGGUAACGUGGGCUCCAUGAUUACCAACAUGAACGCCGCCCGCGCCAGUUUUCAGGCUCGCAUCGAUGCCAUCAAGCAGUACAUGAGCUUCCGUAAGGUUACCAAGGACUUGGAGAAGCGCGUCAUAAAAUGGUUCGACUUCCUGUGGACCAACAAGAAGGCGGUGGACGAACGGGAAGUCCUCAAGUACCUUCCGGACAAGCUGAGAGCAGAGAUUGCCAUCAACGUGCACCUGGACACACUCAAGAAGGUGCGUAUCUUUGCCGACUGCGAGGCGGGCCUCCUGGUGGAGCUGGUGCUGAAGCUUCAGCCGCAGGUCUACAGUCCCGGAGACUACAUCUGCAAGAAGGGCGAUAUCGGGCGCGAGAUGUACAUCAUCAAAGAGGGCAAGCUCGCCGUGGUGGCCGAUGACGGCAUCACGCAGUUUGUUGUCCUCAGCGACGGCAGCUACUUUGGCGAGAUUAGCAUCUUGGCCAUCAAAGGCAGCAAAGCCGGAAACAGGCGAACAGCAAACAUCCGCAGCAUCGGUUACUCCGACCUCUUCUGCCUUUCCAAAGAUGACCUAAUGGAGGCGCUAACCGAGUACCCCGACGCUAAGGCCUUGUUAGAGGAGAAGGGGAGACAGAUUCUAUUGAAGGACGGCCUGCUGGACCUGGAGGUGGCGGCGCAGGGCCCCGACCCCAAAGAGAUGGAGGAGAAAGUUGAAUGGAUGGCGAGCACGCUGGACAGCCUGCAGACACGAUACGCGCGACUGCUGGCCGAGCACGAGGCCACGCACAGCAAGCUCAAACAUCGAGUGAGCAAGCUGGAGAAGAAGCUGCCCUCCCAGGCAGGCGAUGUGCCAGCGCUGUCAGCCACUGAAUGACGAGCAGUACUAGAUAGCAUAGCUGCACGCUAUUGAAACUGUCAUCAAAAUUUAAAUAUUAAUCACUGCUAGAAUAUUCGUACUCUUCUCAUACAUUUGUGCCGGGCAUCCAGGGAGAGAACUUCUUCCGAAGGCCCCAGUCAUUAUGCUAAUGUACCUACCAUGUGUCGUGUAAAUCCCAUUAGAAUAAUUAUUAUUUUUGUUUGUUUCAACAUAAAAAUUCAUCACUUGUUUCAUUAUAACGGAAUUUUACCAAAUUGAAUCAAACUCAACAAAUUUCCAUUGUCCCAAGCUGACGUGCAACACGAACAAAAAAUCAACAUGACUGCGAAGUUAGUUGACAACUAGUUUGCUUCAUUUGGUAUAAAAUGCUUAGAAACUAACGACGUAGGUGGAAUGACGUAGACGCAUAUAAUGUUAACAGCAAAUUAUUUGAUUGCCCCGCGCCCUCCGAUAAAAAGUAAUGGCUAACGUGCCUCCGUUUGAUAACUGCGCGCUAAAGCACCAACGUUAAAUAGUCAAACUAUGAUUUAAAGCAGAAACAUGCCAAUCACAUGUUUUUUUU